AUGAGGAAGGUUUAUCAAGGAUUCAGUUUGAAAAUAAGCUGUCUCAUACAUUUUACUGGACUUUUGGUGGUUACAGGACAGUGUAUUCAAUUUGUUUUGUUUUGUUUUUCUCACAAUCUUAGACAUGAGGGCCAUAUAUUUUUCAUCUAUAACCACACAAAGAAGACAGAAGAAGAUGACCCUAAAGAUGCAAUACUUUAUUUCUAUCCAGGAUUUGUUGGGGUGGAUGUCCAGAUUGCCCUGGUGGGUGGGAUCAUUGGACUGGUGGACUUCUGUCUGGAGUUCUUGCCUCGGUCCAUGCCCAGCCUUGUCAAGCUGUCAGGUCGCAACUUUGCUCUACUGCAGCAUGAAGAUUUUAUCAUUGGUUUGGGUGGCAGCCCAGAUACACCAGAUGCAUUUUUGAUCGCACACAUGCAGUUUGUUUGGUCAACAUUCAUCUUGUAUCAGGGCAGUUUAUCUGCACUUAAAAAGCGAGUGUCCACCGACCACUUCUUGCAAGAACUAAAGAACGUGUGGGACUACUACCUUCCACUGAGACAGAUUCAGGAAGAUGCCUUGUCACAAGCGUUCCAGGUCUUGCCCUAUGUGCCGCUACACAAAAGUCAGGGUCAUCUAUUCCUACAUGCGUCUCACAUCCUUCAGAGGAGUCUCGCACAUAAAGGGGUCCUGGCUGGGGCUCUCUUCAAUAAAACCAGAGUGCUCUGUACACAGUUGAGCAACAGCCUCACGAGGCAGUUCCUUCUUCUCAUGUCUCAGAGCCAGUUUCCUUGUGUGGAAGCCAACUCUGUUCUGGAACUUCCUGGAGGAGUGAGGCUUCUUCAUAUUUACCUGCCAAAGAAUGAAUACGCUAAGCUGGGAUAUCGAAGGAAGAAGGCAUACAUCCACUCCAAAUCUAAUGUCCUGUCAAAAGAAAGAUCCUCAUCAGACUCAGUGAAUAGAAGUACACACCCAUCUCUUUGCACGCCAGAUUAUAUAUCAGCACAGAAUUUCUUCACUGAUGGUGUGGUCAGCAGUGCUGGAGGAGUGACAGAUCCUGGAAAGUCACAGAGUUUUGAUGAUGGCAGUUCUGGUAACCGAUCUUCUAGUGGACAUGAAGCAAGUGGUUUGAUGGUGUCACCAUCGGCUGGGCUGAAUUCUGGUACAGAUUCUGAAGUCUUCUUGGACACACUUUCAGACAUGAUCUUUGACUCCGAGAAUCAGCUGAAGUUAGCUGAUAUAAAACAAGUAGAAUGUGCGACAAGCAGUAGAGAGGCUUCCAAUCUACGGCUUCGUCAGACCCUGCCCUUUUCACAUCCCACACUGGUUGAAGUUGGCAGUCGUUCUUCACUGAGUCUGGAAAGUAACAAUCCUUCACUGAGCCAAGACAGUAUUAGUCCUUCACCGAGUCAGGACAGUAGCAGUCCUUUACCAAGCCAAGACAGUAGCCGUCCUUCACCGAUUCAAGAUAGUAGCAGUCUUUCAUCCAGACAAGGUAAAAACAGUCCCAUACCAACUCAGAAUAGUAAUUCACUGAUCAGAGACAGUAGCAGUCCUAACAGUAACAGUUCUGUGCAGAGCAAUAACAACCAAGGCAGUAGCAGUACUUCUCCAACUCCAGAGAGUAACAGUCCUGGAGUGAAUCAAAACAGAAGUAAUCCUAUUUCAGGCAGUCACAAUCCUUCACCAAGCCAACACAAUAGUAAUCCCUCGCUGUCUCAAGACAUUAAUAAUCAUACACCAACUCACAAUAAGAACAGUCAAUCCCAUUCUGAGAACAGCACCCAGAUAAAGAUAAAUAUCCAUGUAGAACAUGACAGUGGAACUUCUAAAGCUGAAGAGAACAAAGCUCAACUGGAAAUACAUCAGUCAUUGAGAGAUUUGUCUUUCAGUGGUAAGACUCCUGAAGAAGCUUUUUCUCACGAUGCUGAAACACCAGCUGAGGCCUUAGGUUCUUUUUCUGAUACUUACCAGCAUGAUACAUCUUCUAGUGAUCCUACCAGUAAUGCUAGUAAUUAUGAUACAUUCUGUACUGAUACCAAUAGAUUUGAAGAUAGUGAUAGUAACAGGGAGAGUACACUUUUAAAAGAUGCCAGAAAACAAGAUACAUCUUUUGCUGAUAUUAAAAGUAAAGAUAUUUCUUGUGCUGAUAUCGUUAGUCAUGAAAAUAAUAGUGUUCUGCAAGAUAAGAUCCUAAAUACAGAAUUACAUUUGAACCAACAUAGCAAUAAAAGUAACCCCAAUGAAAGUGUCUUGGCUGUCGAUCAAGAACAUUGUAAUGGCAUGGAGAGUAGUGCACAUGAAGUUACAGCAGAUUUGAAGUCUGUUGCCGUGUUUGCCCACAACUAUCCCGAUUUACUUGAUUCUUCAGAAACUAGUACUACUUCAUCACAUCUCGACAACAGCUUGUCAUCUGAUCAGCAACAGAACAAAGAGGGUUCAAAAGUUAACACAGUUGAAGAUGGAUUAGCUACAAUUAGUCCUUGUCAUGACAACAGUAACACUACAGGACCUGAUUCAGGGCAAGUAAAUACAAUUUCUUCAUUUCAAAAUGGCAGAGUUACCUCACAAGUAAAUUUGCAUAAUAAAGACACCACAAGUUUGUUAGAGCUUGAACCAGUUGAACUUAACAAAAUUGCACAAGCUAAUGGCGAAAUUGUAUCACAGCUGAGAAAAUCAAACUAUAUUGCUGAAAAUAGUGUCGAAGACCCAUUGACUUCUUUGAAUAUAAAAGAUAAGUCAGAGCGGGGAGUUCCUGUUAAUAAAAAAAUAGACGAGGCACAUAUAGGCAUUGAAAACGGUUUGUCUGACUCCGCAGACAUGUCCGUUUCUGAUUUAGCCAAUAAGGAUUCAAGAUCUCAAAUGUCUCUGCAGCCGUCUGGUUUAUCAAAACAAACUACAUUUAAUGUGACAGAAAUUCUGGCACAAAACAAAGAGCAGAUUGAUGCUUCUUUGGAAACUCGACUUAGUGGAGAUGAGUCAUCAACGCAGUCAUCUUCUGAGCUGAAACAUGAUGAGCACGAAGUGUCUUCUUAUUCGCUGGCUUACAGUGAAGUCGGCGCCAAUAAAGAUCGUUUGACUUUUGAAUUUGUGGACAGUGAGUUUUCCGAAGGAGGCCUGUUGUCUCCUCUGUCUUUACACUUGUCACCAGUUACAGAAUCUUCCGGGCCGACAGCAGACGAUAUGCCUCAAGGAAGAUCUGGAUUGGAGCCAAAGAGCGGUGACUCAAAAAUAGCUUCAGAUCUUAAAUCUGAAGACUUCGCCAAAAGUUCACCAGAAUGGAGUCCUGAGAGAGAUGGCCUUGAGGAGUUGACGCUGUAUGCCCAAGGCCACUCUGAUACUCUGUUGGUGUUGCUAGUAUCUGACACUGUAAAGUGGAACAAGCUCAGUAUUAACUCUUUGUGGAAAUCAUGUUUGCCUCACCUGGCAGAGUUGGAUUUUCAGGUGAAGGAUGCAGAGCGUCAUGCAAAAGAUGAAUCAGAGAAUGUUGGAGCACAACAUCAGUACCUGAAAUAUGACACGUUUUCUCAGAAUCUGAAAGGCUCAGCACUUCUUCCGGUGACAAGUUUAGCCAAUGAAAUUGUCGACUCCAGCAUAAGGAUGCAUGACAGUUUCUGUAGUAUGCCAGAUUUACAGGAAAUCACAUACAGAUCACAUUCAGCUUGUUGCUAUGGCCAGCGAAUGGUCAACACUGAGACUUACUUCCAGAUUGGCCUGCCUCGGAUGUCGGCAGGAAUAUGUCCUCCGAAUGACAAGACAUUCUGUCUGGAUCAGAUGGCAGAGAAGAUUUUACAAAAUGACAAGUAA